AUGACGCUACUCCACCACUGGACCGCGUCCACCAGCCAGCAGGUAGCAAAAGACAAGGAGAUACGCAACUUUUGGCAGAACACAGCCACGAGCGUCGCCCUUCAGCAUCUAUAUGUUCUCCAAGAAAUCAUGAGCGUGGCCGCUUUGCAUCUUGCAUAUCUCUCCCAAUCAGAAAAGUCCACGUACAUGGAAAUUGCCUCGGAGCACCACAUCAGGUCGCUUCAGGGAUUGCAUACAGCCGUCAGCAAGUGCAGAAACGACAUUGAGCAAGGAUCUACGGUAUUUCUCUGA